CGCCCGCGCGCUCCCCCACGGAACUCCCGCCGGCCGCCCGGCGCUCUCCCGGUGGCGCGCCCGAGCCGCCGCGGCCGCCACCAACAUGGCCGAGACAAGCGAGGAGGUGGCGGUGCUGGUGCAGCGGGUGGUGAAGGACAUCACCAACGCCUUCAGGAGGAAUCCGCACAUAGAUGAAAUUGGCCUGAUCCCAUGUCCUGAAGCUAGGUACAACCGGAGUCCCAUAGUCCUGGUUGAAAACAAACUUGGUGUGGAGAGCUGGUGCGUCAAGUUCCUCUUACCGUAUGUCCACAACAAGCUCCUUUUGUACAGAAUGAGAAAGCAAUGGCUGAACAAAGAUGAACUGAUAGAUGUCACAUGCACCCUGCUGCUUCUGAACCCAGACUUUACCACUGCAUGGAACGUAAGAAAAGAGCUCAUCCUCUCUGGCACUUUAAAUCCAAUUAAGGACUUACAUCUGGGAAAACUGGCCUUAACUAAAUUUCCAAAGAGUCCAGAAACAUGGAUUCACAGACGAUGGGUGCUACAACAGCUAAUUCAGGAAACCUCCUUGCCUUCCUUUGUGACGAAAGGAAACUCGGGAACAGUUCCUGCAGAAAGGACACAGAGACUGAUCCGAGAAGAGAUGGAGGUUUGUGGUGAAGCAGCAGGAAGAUACCCAAGCAACUACAAUGCCUGGUCCCAUCGCAUCUGGGUUCUCCAGCACCUGGCCAAGCUAGACAUCAAGAUUCUUCUUGAUGAACUGUCUUCUACUAAACACUGGGCAUCCAUGCAUGUUUCAGACCACAGUGGAUUUCACUACCGCCAGUUUUUGUUAAAGUCUUUGAUUAGCCAAACUGUGAUUGAUGGUUCUGUAUUGGAGCAAAACCCUUUGAGAAGUGAGCCAGCUCUAGUUCUUCCAAAAGAUCAAGAAGCAGCAUCUUCAACAGAGGAAGCAAGGAUAAAUCUUCCCCAUCUUCUAGAAGAAGAAGUUGAAUUCAGCACUGAUCUUAUUGAUUCCUACCCAGGACAUGAAACCCUUUGGUGUCACAGGCGGCACGUUUUCUACCUUCAGCAUCACUUAAGUGGUAGGUUUCCUCACAGCGUGACCCAGUUGUCACCUGCAGACAGCCCUGGGGGGACUUUGAGUGACUUGCACCUCAUCCCAGCAGGCCCACACAUGUCUCAGGCCAUGGAGGUGGACGGGCUGAAUGACUGUAGCAAGCAAAGCUAUUCCCAGGAAACCAAACGCCUGAAGCGGACCCCAGCUCCAGACUCCCGGGGCCUAGAAAUGGAGCAUAGGUUCAUCGAUCAAGUAUUAUCCACCUGCCGGAACGUAGAGCAGGCCAGGUUUGCCAAUGCAUACAGGAAAUGGCUGGUUACGUUGAGUCAAUGAAAGAGGUGGAUUAGUCCUGCAAGGUUCCCCUUUUAGUGCAAUAUUGCUUUCCUUUCUUCCUUACAUAGUUGCAUGAACUGUUCGCUAUUAUGUGAUCUUCAUCUUUAGGUCAAAAGUCCAUAGUAAAUCUUUCAUUUUAUUUAUUUUGUUAAGAACUGGCAUUCCUUUGGGGAUAAAAUAACUGUGUAGUUUCUUCCUGCUAAACAGUGAGUCUUAAUUUUUCUUCUUAACUUCUCAUCCUUUAUAUUUCUAUACAUAAAGCUUCUCAUUUCGUUCUCCUAACUGGUUCACAGACAUGUCUACCCCCCUCAGUGCAAUUGCUGCAUAGGCAAGUUUUUUUUUUUAUUUAAAAAUGUAUGUUGUUUUUCAGCUUUAGAAUAAUACAAGCUCAAAAUUACUCAUAACUAAUUAUUGUUUUGAGAAUCAAAUGGCCAGAUAGAUGGAUUUGUGAAAAUAUAAAUCAUUUCUCUUUCUCGACUCGUUAUUGACCAAUGAAACCAAAGUCAGAAGUAUUGGAAUUUAUAUAAAAAACAUGCUUCCAGUGUGUAAUCCGUUUUAAAAUGAUUGUUUUAAAAUGAAUUUUAAGAUUUUAUGUAAUUACAGGACUGGGAAAUUAUUUUUAUCACUAGUUUUGAUAGAUUGUUUUUACCUCAGAUUUGGUAUAGGCCAAAAACACUCAAGUUAGCCCCUAUAAACAUCAUUUGUUGUUUAAACCUGGAAUGCCAUUUUUAGUUAUUACUACUUAUUUUCCUUUUAAAUUCACCAUGAAAAGUGGGGAAAAUAUGCAUGGAAAUGUAUCCAUAAAAAUCUUACUUUUUAAAAAUUUAAGUUCCUGAGGAUAUUCUUAAACUACAGAAUUUUUAUGAAGUGAUUAUUAAAAGUUUGCUGGCAAACGCCAGAGGAAAGAAUAGCUUUUGAAGGUUAGUUCUUCAGCUUUUAUUUUAAAAAAUAAAACAACUUAAAGACUUUGAUAUUAAACUUAUCAGGGAUGAGGUACCAAAGUAGCCACCUCACAGCUGUAUCUUAUCUUUUCAAUAAUAAGGGCUGGGUUUUUCAGGUCUGUGAGGCCGGGUGGGAAAAGGGCCUGGUAAUGUUUACCUUCUUAAUAUAUUUUCCCCUUUGUAAAUGGUCUGUGUUUGUUCUUUCCUCUCCACAUACCUUUUGUUUAUGUUCCCAAUCCAUUCCAUAUUUUUUGACACUUUCACUUUUGUAUGUUUUUCCUUAAUUGUCUGAUUUUGAGGAUGUGUACUGAAGAUACUCUCCAUCCUCUUUCCAGUGAAUUUCAUACCCCACUAAACACACACACACAAAUAUUAAUAUAAACUGCCCCUCUAAAAGUUCCCCUAAUGAUGGAAACUGCCUGUUGUCCUCUGUGUGUGCAGAAUGUAACAGUGGCCGAAGUGAUGUGACCACCGUACUUUGCUUAUUCUCCUUUUUACUUGCUAGGUCACCUGUAGGGUGAGGGGACAGACAUAGGGAAAGGCAGACCUCUCCUGUCUUCUAUUAUGGAAACCCUGGGCUUGGGUGAGGCAUGCCGCCUUAAGCUUAAGAGAAGAAUAAAUUCUUUUUGUGCAUCAUGAUUUUGUUGAGUAGCAAACUGUCAGGUAAGACUUAAGAACACCAGAAAAAUUGUUCCGGCUCUUGUAGACAGAAACUGCUUUUCUCUCUUGGGGCAAAAUUAACCUUUUAUAGUUUUCGUUGUAUUUAGGUAAGAAAACAAUUGUCAUUAUGAACAGAAUUCCAUGGCCCUUUGUGUGCAAAGCAUAUUUUGAAUCAAAUACCUCAAGGUCUACGUAGACCUCUAUGGAUAAAACCAUUAGUUUGUGAUUCUCAGCACCUGCAGGGGUGGUGGGGAGACUACACAGAGAGGACAUGAGAGAGUCAGCCCAUUCCACUGAAUACAUGUUGCCAAAUCCUGGCCUCACUCAGUAUUAUCUUUUUUCCACACAUCAUUCUAAGUAUCCCAAGUAAUAGGGCUUCUUACACCUUGAUGUGAGAGCUUCAGGACAGGAGUAUAGACAAUACCCUGUGAAACAUCAACUCAAUUUGAUAGUACUCCACACCUUUUUAUAGCCUCCAUCUUUGACAUUAUCUGUCUUCAUGUGUUUUAAGGCCCUUAAUCUACCCCUUUAUGAAGCCAUGCAGUCCUAUAAGAUAUCUUGGUCUCCUGUCUUCCUAAUGAAGUUUUGAGUAGAGAGUAAUAAUACAAAUAUCUAAAGGAUAUUUACUGUUCGUGACUUUCGUGUGCUACUUUAUUUCUAAAAUUUGCAUUUGUCAAGUGUUCAUUCACAGAAAAAUCUAGUAUUGCCCUAUAUGGUUGUGUUUUUUCCUAAGUGGUUGACAUCUAAACUCAUUAGCUGUAGCGUGAUAAUAUCUCUGACUGAACGAGUUCAUGCAGUGGAAAGGUGUGUCUAUUUUCAGGGACUUGUUAGUCUUUUUUUUUUUUCUAUAAAUAUGUCAUUGUCGAAAACAUAGUUUAGAUUGACACACAUUUCAUCAAACUUUCAUUGGAAGAAUAGUAGGCCAAUACCAUCCUGUGGAUCAAAAAUACUACUGACAAGCCAAAAGCAAUAAGAUCUGUAAAUACCUCCACUAUGACCUUCCUCCCCCACCCCACCUUUUUUUAAGUAUACCUAUUUUGGUAAUAUGGUGUUCCCACCUUAUACUGUGUGCCUUGCACAUUGUGAGGACUCAUUAAAUAUUUGUCAAAUGGGAAAGAUUAUGAAUAAUGGACAGAAUGAGUUAUGAUUGAGAAAUUAAUGGAUUAGAGCAGUGGAUUGUGAAUGAAUGAUGUAUUCUAGCUUCAUGAUACUUAAGGUGAGCUAUUACAUAUACAAUAAGUUAAUUUAGAUUAUUUUUCUUCAUUUAAUUACCUUGUUUAAGCUCAUUAAAUCCCAGCCAAGAAAUGCAGCUCUAUAAUUAUGAAUUAACUGUACUUUAAAUAUAUAUUAAAAAUUCAUAGAACAAAUCUCGUUUGCAUUAAGAACACUAUUUUCUGGGGCGCCUGGGUGGCACAGCGGUUAAGCAUCUGCCUUCGGCUCACGGCGUGAUCCCGGUGUUGUGGGAUCGAGUCCCACAUCAGGCUCCUCCACUAUGAGCCUGCUUCUUCCUCUCCCACUCCCCCUGCUUGUGUUCCCUCUCUCGCUGGCUGUCUCUAUCUCUGUUGAAUAAAUAAAAUCUUUAAAAAAAAAAAAAAAAGAACACUAUUUUCUGUUCAUUUAUGAUAUUGGAGGACAGAUCUUGCCAACAGAGCCAGAGACACUUUGGGGCAUUUGAAGAAAUGCUUUGAUUUCAAAGACUUGUUGAUCUGUAUUUGUGCCUGGAUAGUCAUUUUAUGCUUCUCCUUUUCUCCUCCCCAGCUUGAAUUGUGGGUCUUUUAGGUAUUUUUUAAACCUAUGAGAGUCAUUUUUUUUUAAUUUAAGGAUUAAUUAUCUAGUAAUGUCCCCCCCUUUUUUUUUCUAGGUUUUAGCAUUCUAUUACCUCUUUGGAAACCCUGGGCCCAGACUCUCAAUCACAUCCCUUAUUCCUAUGGUACGGUUCUAAUUAAAUUAAGGACUUCAUUAUUAAUAGGAUUAAAUCUAAUACAGGUGGUCACUAACAGCCAUUUAAAUCUUCAUGUGAGGGCUUAUGUGACAAAAGAUAGGAAAACAAAAGUUCCUGGAUUUUUCUGUGGCAGUUUGUAGGAGAGCAUACGUGAUGGUAGACUUUGUGUGAUUUCCAUGUAUUCAGGUCGUGUCAAUUCAUGCUUAUUAUAUAAAGAGAACUUUUAAUAUUGUUGAGAACAAGUCAACAGUAGUGAUUUUCUGUAGCACAAGAUGGUAUCUGGCACGGGCUAAAUAUAAUUUAGGAGUACAAUUGCCUCUUGCUGUACAACAGUGUAAUCUCUAAGUUCCUCUUAAUUACAGAAGAUACUAAAGAUUUAGUUUAAAAAGGAAGUAACAUAUCUUCUCUUUUUUUUGCAGAAAGUUUUUGUAAGCUUACAGUUGUUUUGUUAGGAGAAAAUUAUAUUUUAGAACUUUAAAAUAUUUAAAAUAUUCUAGGAAAUUUGAACAGCAGUAUUAACAAGUUGUGUCUUCUGAGUAAAUGUCUCAGACAGAACUGUGCAGACCCUGGUACUUGGCGUGCUGCUGCCUCCCCGCGCCUGCACGUACUCUCAGUGUGCUCCUGUUGAAUGGAGGUGUACGUGGAGGCACAGGAAGGCAUAGACACAUUCCAUGGUAUGAAGGCAGAGGGCAGGAAAAAAAAUCAACCCUGAGAAUUCUACUUGUCACACAAUGUCUUUUAAAAAAUAGCUAAACAUACUGUGUUAAUUUGAGUGCCUUUCUUCUUUCUAGCGGGAACAAGAUUAUAUUUAAUGUUUAGGCAGAAGACAAAGGAUGGAAGUUUUACCAAACAGUUGAUUGUAACUCAUUGUAUUAAUUCCAGUUGCUAGGUGUGGUCCCAUGGAAUUUGUACACUUUUAUGAGAUAGUGAUACGAGCAGGUAGGAUGCUUUGGUUUGUAUUUCUUAGUUAGCAUUUUUAAGCACCCUACCAAGAAGAAUUUGUUCUUUCCCUCUGGCAACUAACUUUUUGGGGGGCGGAGGCAUUGUAUUUAGAGGAAAGCAUGUGUAUAAUUAAAGAUCAGCCUGAAGCCUGGGAAGUCAAAGGAAACAGUGGCACUUUGCCCUACUGGAAAGACCGUAAGAUUGUUCUAAAUGAGUCCUUUGACUCACUUUAAGGACUUUAAUGACUUUAAGAAUUCCCUCCCAAAUUCUGUGUUGGAGGAAAAGAAGUAAAUACUGAGAUGAAAUUUAAAAUGUGGCAUGUUAUAUUUGGGUAUGGAGAAGGGAGGGAUAGAAAAUCCCUAUUUCAAGAUAGCAAAUAACUUGUAAUUUCAUAAAAAUAUAUAGCUAAAGAUUCCAAAGUGCUUUUCAGAGGACUGUUGAAUAAUAUAUUCCUAAAUGGCAGCAAUAUGUAUAGUUCACAGUGGAGACAGAAAACCAUUGUGUUGGUUAUAGAUCUGGGGUGUGUGUGUGGGGGGGUGGCAGGGGGUGCCUCUGGCUCUCAACUUGGACAUCUGUAUUCUCGUUAGGCCAUGUUAACACUGUAAAACCAAACUCUUUGCUUAAAAAAAAAAAAAAAGGCAGUAGCUUAGUCUGCAGAUGAAACUUUGUGCUUCCAAGAAUAUUAGCUCUUUAUAGGUUGUGCUUUUUGGACAAUAAUACGGUCUACAAAGCUAACCCUGGCAUUUCUUUUAUUAAUCUGUUAUUCCUCAGGGUGUAGAAGAUUUAGUAAAUUUAGGAAAAAAUGUUAUAUUCAGUGGCAAAAAAAGAAAAGGCAAAAAUAUGCUAAAUAUAUUACUAGCUCUUAAAAUUUUAGUAUAGAUAGUAUUUUUUAUAAACCACUACCAGUGCAGUAGCUCAUAGCCGCUCUGUAACUGCCUCAUUGUUCCUCUCGCUGCUUCAGUCCUGGUGGCCCUGUUAUGACUGUUCUCUUACACAUGUCUUCAGACAUGUAAUAUAUUGUUUUCCAUGUUUGGCAAAAGUGGGGCUGUUUUAGUUGACAUCAUUCUGUUUUUGGACAUCCUGUUCAGAAAAUGAUUACUGUUGGUUUUCAAACUGACAACUGUUUUGUUUCUUAAAACUUCAGUUUCCCUGAAAGAGACCCUGUACGUGGUCAAUGCACUGCAUACUGCCUUGCACCUUGCAGGGAUCCAAUGGGUCAGAAUUGUUGAAGGCUAGAAAGUUAAAACUAGCUUACCUCAGUCUCAUCACCAUUGCCCACAUUCUCAGCUUCAGGAGAAACACAGUGUUGUGCUUAAGAUACACAAUUCAGGGGUGCCUGGGUGGCACAGCGGUUAAGCGUCUGCCUUCGGCUCAGGGCGUGAUCCCCGCGUUCUGGGAUCGAGCCCCACGUCAGGCUCCUCUGCUAUGAGCCUGCUUCUUCCUCUCCCACUCCCCCUGCUUGUGUUCCCUCUCUCGCUGGCUGUCUCUAUCUCUGUCAAAUAAAUAAAUAAAAUCUUAAAAAAAACAAAAAAAGAUACACAAUUCAGUUCAAACACACAAGGCAAGAUAUACAACUGCACAAAACAUCAUAAGUGAAAUUUAGAUACUUUUAAGGCAUAUGUGUGCAUAUUCACAUACAUGUAUGUAUGUACAUUUAAAUGAGAUUUGGAAUUUGACUUUAUAUAGUGAUUUUACAGAGAAUUUUAUGUAAAGGGUUUUUAUUUUCAUAUUUGCUUAAAGUGCUCCUAUUUAAAGGUUUUUUCUUUAUUAAACCAGCCCCCUCAAGCAAAGUUGGAAACCUAACACAAGUGCCAUUUGCCUGAAUUAACCAGAUAUUUGUGCAAACUAUUAUUUGGUCUUUGGAUGCUUAUGAACCAUGACAUUCUGGCUUUUCUUCCAUAUCUUUAGGGAAUCAGCCUUAAUUUUAUGUAUGGCCAUCACUUUCCUCAAAGUGCUAUGCAGCAUACUUCAGAUGUUAAUUUAGCUUUGUAAAGUGAUUAGUAAUAAGUCUGAGGUUUUGUCAUGUCCUAGGGAUGAACAAUUUCACACGUUCAGAUAUUGACUCAUACAGCAUUCUAUUAGAAAUGCUCAUAUAGUAUCCUCCCUCACCAGUGUCAUCUUGCAUUUGAAGCAGGUAUUUUUUUUUCCUAUUAAUUAAAGAAUGAGUGUAGACUGAGUGCAGUCAUAGUAGGUGCUCAAUAAAUAGUCGAUAAUUGAUCUACCAUCAAACAGUUAUCUUUUCAAGGAGGAGUAUAUUUUUAGAGUAAUAUAUGUUUGAAACUGAAAAACUAUAUCAUUUGAUGAAUUACUAGGCUUAUUUAGGUUGGAGUUAGUAACAUGCAGUAAAAAUACUGUUUGUGUAGAACAUGGUCUGAAGGUAGGAGAUGGGAAAAGUUUAAGCAGUAUCUUUUUGUGAAAGACGCAUUAAUAAAUGUGAGUAAUGUCUUAAUAGGCUUCUGAACUUGAGAGAGAACUGCUGUAGACUUCUGCAAUCAGUUUCUGCGUUGGUAUACUUAGUAUUACCUGUCUUAGGUACUGUUCAUUUCUCCUCAAAUCUCGGUUGCUUUCCAGUGUCUUAAAAGUGGUUGUGGUGAAAUGUGAAGUUAUAUUCAAUAACCUGUACUUACUUGUUUUCUCAGAGCAUCUUUAAUAUGAGGGAAAAAUUUUUAUGAGUGAUAUUUGUUUCAGAAUCUAUUAAUUUGUGGUUUUCAGAGCAUUUUUGACAGAGUUUGCCCAAUGUGAAAAGAUUUAAACCGUUUAAAAACAAACAUUCCAACCUGAGCUGGGAGGAACAGAGUGUGUAGCACCAGUGUGACUGGGCAUUGCCUCCUGGCGAGGUUCUGGGUGCCUGACUGUGAUGCUGGCUUCUGACUGUGGUGACCACUGUCAGUAGUCUAGUUUGAUGUGUGUUGUUCCUAGGAGAAGGACGCAAUGGGCUCUAGAUUAACGUGUAUUUGAGAUGGACAGAAUAAAAAAUGAUGUGGUAUAAAUAUGCCAAAUAUUUAUAUACACUGCUACAAAAACUAAAAAAUGGAGGAGGGGAAGAACAUGAUAAAAGGUUAGUGAUAUUUUUUAUAGUCUCUGAAAAACAUUUUUUUAUAUGCAAGUCUCUUGGACACUAAGCAGUUGUUUACUUUAUUUAACACUGCGGGACUUUAAUUUACAGGAUGGUUCUCAGAUACCAUCUAUACUCUGCUAUUAGAAUUGACCAUAUGUGUGAACUUUACAUUGCUUGAAGGUUUUCCAAAAAUGGAGUAUUUAAGUUGCAGUUGAUGGUGUUUUAAGAUUUUCCUGCAGGUUGUGGGUAAAUGGACAAGUUACAUAUAUGAUCUGUGGUGCAAGGUCAGAUCCUGGGCAUUAAAGAUAGUUCAGCUAACUUAUUUUGCUGAAGAUACUAAUUGUCUUCCCUCUGAUUGCAUUGCUGUUUUUCUUAAGCUAUUUUUCUCAAUGUAACAGUCUGCAUUGAAAGUUCUUUUAGCUCUCACAGUGUACUAAAUUCACAUUUUUAAAGGAUUAAAUAUUUUGUGAAUUCUUUUUACACUUCAAAUGUAUACCUUUCAGAGGGAUAAAAAUAAAUCUUGCAGUAAAGUAUGUGCAAAGGGUGCUUACGGUGUUCUGGGAGUUAGUUCUCCAGAGUGCUUGAAGUCUGAUGCUAAAUUCGAAGGCUAGUAUGAUGACUAUAGAUUAUUUGUAUUAGCACUGUCCAGUAGAAAUAAAUGGAAGCCGCGUAUGUAAUUUUUAAUUUUCUAGCAGGCAUAUUAAAAAAGAAACCGGUGACAUUAACUUAAAUAUUUUAAUUAACCCAAUAGUAAAAAUAUCAUUUCAGUGUGUAUUCAAUAUACAAAAUUAUGGAGAUAUUUUGCCUUUUUUUCCCCAUGGUAAGUUUUUAAAAUUCAUUGUGUAUUUUGCACUCACAGUGCAUGCCCUGACUAGCUACAUUUCAAGUGCUCAAAUAGCCACGUGGCUAAGGACCGCUAUAUUGGACAGUGCAGGUUCACAGGGUACAAAGUAUGACUUUAUUUUAAAUUGGGAGAUGGUGAGUUAGGCAUGAAAUCAUGGUAC